GAAAGAACAGGACUCCCAAACCUCGCAGCCAUACGAAGCAAUGAGUGUACAUAAGAUACCUGUUCUCAGUAGUGUGAAUAACGUGACGUUUCGCUAUAAAACAAACCGUGUUUUGGCUAAUAUUUAUGCGCGAAUACCUGAAAACAAGAUCUACGGUUUGUUGGGGCCGAGUGGGGCCGGGAAGACAACCUUGCUCAAAUUGAUUCUGGGUCGGAUACAUUUGCAAAGUGGCUCAAUCACUGUAUUGGGCACUCAAUGUGGCCGUAAUAAUAGGCUCAUCGGUUAUAUGCCUCAGGAUUGUGCUCUAUGUCUUCAAUUGACUGUAAAGCAAACACUUUUAUAUUUUGCUAAUUUAUACCACAUUUCAACGAAUAAAUUCAAAGACAGGACCCUAAGA